UGACCUCUCACCUCUGACCCAGUGCCCCCUACUGGUGCGGACCACCUCUGAUCCUACCGUGAUGAGCGGGUGCGGCAGGAAGGCUCUGGCAUUGCUGAGCAGCGUGUUUGCGGUCAGCGGGCUGGGGCUUCUGGGAGUUGCGGUCUCUACAGACUACUGGCUGUACCUGGAGGAGGGGGUCAUCCUGCCCCUGAACCAGACCACUGACAUCAGGACCUCCCUGCACUCUGGACUCUGGAGAGUCUGCUUCCUGGCAGGUGAAGAGGCAGGUCGCUGUUUCACCAUCGAGUACAUCAUGCCCAUGAACUUACAGCUCACCUCUGAGUCCACAGUCAGUGUACUUAAGAUGAUUCGUUCAGCCACUCCGUUUCCUCUGGUCAGUCUGUUCUUCAUGUUCAUCGGCUUUGUGCUAAACAACAUCGGACACGUCCGACCUCAUCGCACCAUCCUGGCCUUUGUCUCCGGAAUCUUCUUCAUCCUUUCAGGUCUGGCUCUGGUGGUAGGUCUCGUGUUGUAUAUAUCCAGUAUUAAUGACGAGAUGUUGAACAGGACUAAGAGCAGUGAGUCCUACUUCAGCUACCGGUACGGCUGGUCCUUCGCCUUCGCUGCCAUCUCCUUUCUGCUCACUGAGAGUGCGGGCGUCAUGUCCGUCUACCUGUUCAUGAAGCGCUACACAGCCGAGGAAAUGUACCAGCGCCACCACCCCGGCUUCUACCGGCCACGCCUCAGUAACUGCUCUGACCACUCCGGUCAGUUCCUGCACCCGGAGACCUGGGCACGCGGACGCAGCCCCUCGGACAUCUCCAGUGAAACCUCACUCCAGAUGAGCACCAGCUACCCGGCCCUGCUCAAGUGCCCCGACUACGACCAGGUCUCCUCCUCACCCUGCUGAAUGGGUCAUCAGGUCAGGGCAGGUCGCCAAGGUCAAGGGUGAGAAGUCAUAGGUGAUGUUGCUUUUCGAUACUGAUCUAAGAUCAGCUUUCUUUUUAAAGUUAUCUGGAAUCUGUGGAGGGUUGCUGGGAAGUUGCUGGGUGUGGAUAGAACCUCCCGCCUGCAUAGUUUACUGGGAGAUCAGUCCCAGUAGAUAUACAGGGAAGCCUCUGUCUCUUUAUUUUGUUGUUGUUCGUUCCCAUUGUGAUGCUGUGCCCUGGACCUUGUUUGAAAACGUCUACCAGCCAUGUUUGCUGCUGAGGCAACAGUUGAUGCCGCUGUGCCACAUCUUACCUACAGAUGGCAGCAAAGUGCAUAGUUUUUUCAGGAGUAUUCACUUCUCACAUAUUUUCUAUUAUAUCUGGAUACUUACUGCCACUGGUUAGUUAACUUGACGAGGACCAAACUAACAUUUACACAAAUGUUUGAACGGGAACAAUACAUGUCACUGUGUUAAAGCUGUAAUCAGCAGUUGAAACAAUAACAAAGUGAACUCCCAUCCCAUUUCAGUAAAAAGCUGACGAAUGGGGCUAGAGAAAUGUAACCACUCUCAAAUUCAUAGACAGAGCUAUGGAUGCAAGGACUGGCCAUCCAUGAUAUCUAAAUUAUUGUUACCAUGUUUUGAAGGUAUAUAGUGUUUGUUUACUUUUAUUUUGGUUUCUGAUGGUUACGACAGUUGAAUUAAGCACGAGGCAUUUGUAAUAUUAUAACAUCAUAUUCUUAAGAGGUCCAAAAAUGGAUGAAACAACUGCAGAUUGCACCUUUAAACGUGUGAUAUGUUCAAUUGUGUAGUUUGCUUCAUGUUGGAGUUUUUGAAUUGAUGUGUCCCUGCUGGCUCACGGAUCUGCCAACAUGACGUUUUCAUGUUAUGGAAUCUCUGCUUUGUUUAUGUAUCAUGUAAAAAUGAAUGAUUUGAAAAGCGAUUGGUAUUUACUCUUAGACAGAUUGUUUAUACAUGCAUAUGGAUAACUGUUGUACAUUGUAUGAAUAUAGCGAACCAUUGUAAAACAAGUCAAAUGUGUAGUCGCUGCUUAAAAUGAUUCAUUCUGAGUGUCAGCUUCAUGCCGUCGGCAUAGCAACUGUUGCAUACUAACUGUACUGUACAAUAUCUGGAGAAUAUCUAAAUGUGGGAAAUAAAUAGAC